GACAUUUCCGGUUUGGCAUUCACAACAUCCAAGAUGGCUGCCACCGUGGAGUCCCUCGUUUCGUACGGGACCGAUUCAGAUUCAGAUAAUGAGACAAAAUCUAAUGCUAGUCCCGAAAAAGUUGACCCUGAUGCCCUAGCACACCUCAAACCGUUGAAAUCUGGGAAAACAAUGUCUUUAGCUCUCCUUAAUUCAGCUCCGGAGGUCGCCGUAAAGGAGGCUGUGGAGACUGGUGUGCAUCUGGACCCCUCUCUCAAAGAGGUUACCUACAACCCCACAUAUGAAACCAUGUUUGCACCAGAGUUUGGUCCUGUCAACCCAUAUAGAAGUCAACAGAUGGCUGCUCCCAGGAAUAUGCUGUCUGGCUAUGCAGAGCCUGCUCACGUCAAUGACUUCAUGUUUGAACAGCAGCGGAGGACCUUCUCCACCUUUGGCUAUGCUCUGGAUCCAUCUGUGGACACAACAAGCCAGAAUUCCUCCAAUAGCUACAUUGGUGCAGUGGAUGAGGCAGAGAAAAAGAAAGGGUUGACUGUGUUUGAGGUUGGACCAAAAAAACAUGACAAGAGGAAAAAGGUGCAAGGAGGUGAAUCGGAUGACAUUGACAAUUACCUUGGGCCCUGGGCGAAAUACGUGGACGAAAAGGACGGCGCCAAACCAUCAGAGGAGGAACAGAAGGAGCUGGAUGAGAUCACAGCCAAGAGACAGAAGAAGGGAAGGAAUGAGGAAGAGGCUCCGGCGGAGGAGAAGACCAUUCUCCAUGUUAAAGACGCGUAUGACUACCAAGGGAGGUCUUACCUCCAUGUACCUCAAGACGUGGGUAUUAACCUGCGUACUGCAGACAUACCAGACAAGUGUUACCUGCCCAAGAAACAGAUCCACGUCUGGACUGGACACACCAAGGGGGUCAGUGCUAUCCGUCUGUUUCCUGUAUCAGGUCACCUGCUGCUCUCCUGCUCUAUGGAUUGUAAGAUCAAGUUGUGGGAGGUGUAUAAUGAGAGGAGGUGUGUACGGACGUUUAUCGGCCACAGUAAAGCAGUGCGGGAUAUCUGCUUCAACAACACUGGGACUCAGUACAUGAGUGCAGCCUACGACCGCUACCUCAAACUCUGGGACACAGAGACAGGCCAGUGCAUUUCCCGCUUCACAAACCGGAAGGUGCCGUACUGCGUCAAGUUCAACCCAGAUGAGGACAAGCAGAACCUUUUCGUGGCCGGCAUGUCUGAUAAGAAGAUCGUUCAGUGGGACGCAAGGACAGGGAGGGACAUUCCCGUGGACUUCAAAUACAUCGCAGAGCCCAGUAUGCACUCUAUGCCUGCUGUAACGCUUUCACCCAAUGGUAAGUGGCUGGCCUGCCAGUCCAUGGACAAUCAGAUCCUGAUAUUUGGAGCCCAGAACCGUUUCCGUCUGAACAAGAAGAAGAUCUUCAAGGGCCACAUGGUGGCUGGCUACGCCUGCCAGGUGGACUUCUCCCCAGACAUGAGCUAUGUGGUGUCUGGCGAUGCGGAUGGGAAGCUGAAUAUCUGGGACUGGAAGACAACCAAGCUGUACCACCGGAUCAAGGCCCACGAUAAGGUGUGCAUCAGUGCCUUGUGGCACCCCACGAGACCUCCAAGGUCAUCACCUGUGGCUGGGACGGACUGAUCAAACUCUGGGACUAGAGACAUGGGGUGGGGGCUGCAAAG